CGUCUAGACAUAGAGCCGGAGAAGGAAACAAGUGCUGUUCGUUUGCCAGUACUAGAAACGCCUCUACGGUUGAAAAACGCAAUCGGUGCAGAGCGAGAAAAGAAAUGGAAAACAAUUGAUUUAUUUCGCCUGUUUUUCUUCAUGCAGCGUCGGAACAUGUUUCGUUCUUCUUAUGAGUAAAAUUCAGUGAAGUGUGUGUUAAAGGCCUGGGCUAGGUGGUUUUAUGUGCCCAAGUCACAUACUCUUGCGUCUGGUGAGUGGUGGCCGUGAGUUAUGCAGUCUUUAUACUGCAAUAUUGUCUCAGGCCAGUUGAGUUGAAGCUGUAUGUACUUACACCAAAAUGCCAAACAUUUAUGAAGAAAUUGACGAAAGUAUCAAAGCUCCGGUGAUGAGUGAAAGCAUGAAGAAAGAAAAGACAGCCUGUGUGGAGAUAGAUUUCCCAGCUACCACCAAGUCCUUUGGUUUCCGGGAUCGGCUUGGAGUGGUUCUGUGUAUACUUGUUUGUGAACUGUGUGAGCGGCUAACCUACUAUAGUAUUGCAGGAAAUCUGGUGCUUUACUGCACCAAUGUUCUGAAAUUCUCCAGUGCUGAUGCAACCACAAUUUCCUUCAUCUUUACGGGAACAUCCUACCUUGUGCCAGUGAUUGGUGGAUGGAUUGCUGACACAGUAGCGGGGAAAUAUAAUGCUAUACUUGGAUCAGCUCUCAUUUAUUGCAUAGGCACAACUUUGCUACCUAUCAUCUCCAUUGAUUACACCAAGUAUGGCCCCCAUCUAGGGCUGACCAACAGCCAGCAGCGAGGUUUUUUCCUGUUUGGUAUUGCCAUCAUUGCUAUCGGUACAGGAGGCAUCAAAUCAAAUGUCGGCCCUUUUGGAGCUCAACAGUUAGAUGAUCUUGGAGAAGGUCCUGUCAAAUCCUUCUUUAACUGGUUCUACUGGUUCAUCAAUGUUGGUUCAGCUGUCUCCUUUUCAGCAGUGGUCUAUGUGCAACAGGAAAUUGGAUUUGAUGUUGGGUUUGCCAUUCCAGCUGUCUCAAUUGUUGUGGCUAUUAUCAUGCUUUUGAUUGGUCGAAAGUGGUAUUGUAUGAAGGCACCAGAGGGGAGUGUUUUCACAACUGUUGCCAAAAUCAUUUGGGAGGCUGUCACCAGACUUCGGAUGCCUAACACCAGGAAAGAUCAGAUGACCAGCUGGCUUGAUAGUGCCAAGCAUAGCUUUGGAGGUCACUUUCCUGAUUUAAAGGUGAAUGAGGUGAAAUCCCUGGGAAGAAUUCUGCCUGUCUUUAUUGUCAUCAUCUUCUACUGGACUGUGUACUACCAGAUGUCCACAACCUAUUUGCUGCAAGGUGAGCGUAUGCGUCUCAUCUACAGUGGUUUCACUAUUCCGGUAGCUGCUAUCAACCUCUUCAACAUUGCAAUUAUUCUUGUCCUCAUUCCUUUUGUGGAUCGUGUCUUCUACCCGUGUAUGGCCAGGAUCGGAUAUCCUCUCACAAAAUUGAAACGAAUUGGCGUUGGUAUGGUCUUGGCUGUAUUCUCCAUGGGACUAGCAGCUGGAAUUGAAUUUGCUCGGAAAGCAAGCAUUGAAGAGUAUGGAUACUUCAAACAGGAAGUGGCUGACAAGGUUUUCAAUGCAUCUGAGUUGUCUAUUUUUGCACAGGUUCCUCAGUACACAUUGAUAGGAGCCAGUGAGGUGUUCACAAGUAUUACAGGCCUGGAGUUUGCAUACUCUCAAUCCCCCAAAGCUAUGCAAGGAGUUGUCAUGGGGCUAUUUCUCUUAACUUCUGGACUUGGCAGCUACAUUGGAUCACUACUUGUUACGAUCAUGAAUGCAAUUACAUCAGAGGCAGAGUGGAUCCCUAAUGAAGUCAACAAUGGCCACCUGGAGUAUUUUUUUCUCCUUCUUGCUGGGAUCAUGACCAUUGAUUUUGUGUGCUUUUUGCUGAUUGCAAGGGGUUAUGUGUACGUGAAGGAUGCUGAGCUUGACCAACCUCUGGAUACUGAUGAUGAGAGCAGUAAGAAAAACACUUUGGACAGGGGCAAUCGACAGAGUAAUCAGAGAGAAACCACGCCCCUUUUGAGCGAUUCUGGAAUGAUAUAAAGGUCCCCCUUCACUGCCAAGCUUCUGUGGCAUUGUUUUGGCAGCCAUACCAAACUAUAUUACUACCAGCCCUUAAUGUACCAGUGCAGCUUGUUUGCAUAGUUUUUGUGCACAGAAAUUUUCUGAAACAUGUUAAGUACUGUAGGUGUUGAUUACCAGAACAGGUUGCCUUCAUAGAGUGCCUCAGUUUAGUUUACUUUUGUUGUCAGCUUUUUGGUGCCCUUCGCUCAUGAUUUCUCACACCUUUAUGUUCCCCUAACUUACUCAGUUUUGAAGAUUAUAUUUCUGCUGUGUUUCAUGCUUGUCUGUAGUUGCCCUCUUGUCAUUGUCUAUUUUGUCUGUACUUGCAUUCUGCACCGUUUUUUAUUUUGCAUUCAUUUUUGAUAUUUUUCUUGUUUUUGGUGAUGUUUAAUAAUGACAACUACUCAAAAGUUAUGUGAGUGGCUGGUAAGUGGAACACUCUGCUCUAUUUUCUUCAAAGCAAAUGCAGGAGCAUCGCUGAUGUUCUAGGGUAUAUUCUGGAGAUCAGUCUCAAUAUUUAAAAUGUAUUAAUGUAAAGGAAUAACAUUUUGGGAAGGAUUUCUUCAACAGAGCUUUGGCAAGUUAAUAUGGGGAAUCUCUUUAAACAAUACAGAACAGCUGGGGUAAAAAAAUAUAACUUAAACAAACAGUUUAGUGAGAUUACUGUAUUUUUAAAAACUAAUGUUGACAAUUAAUGACUUUCUGUACAUGAACUUUGAAAGCUGGGGCUAUACUAACACCCUCGAGUUAUUUACUGUCACUUUGUUUUGUAUUCACCUAACGUAAAUCCCUGAAGACAAAAUCUUGUAUUUUGCAGUUUGAACCAGAUAUAUGUGUACAUGUAUUCUAAGAUUCUACAAGCAAUAAAAAUUUUGUUGUGCCACCAUUUUGAUCAACCUCUUGCCCUGUAUGGAGGUAUGGUGCCAGGGGAAUUCACCCCCCACUAGAGGUUAUAGAAGGAAUUCUUUGGAAAAUGAUUUCAAACAAUUUGUUUCUGGUACUAAAAUGAUUUCGAAUGACUCAUGAAUUGUUCCGUGAUCUUGAGCUGAUCCUCUUUCCCAAAUCUUGGAUACAUGGGGAUGUAGCAUUUUCAUUGUGCUUACGUCAGCACACUGUUUCUGUGUGAUGCAGGACGAGACCAUCUCAUACUUCCUGUCUUUCAAUCACUCUGUUUGCUGCUAAAAUAGAUACAAGUGUAUUGUGCAACAUCAAAAGUGUGUUGUGAUUUUAUAAUCUACAAAAUGCCAUGUUGAAUCCUUCACAAAAACCCCAUUGUAAUUACUAUUUAUUUGUUGAUGAAUAUGUAUAUGUAUAUUAGUCUACAUUCACAUCUUUUGAAUCAGUAAGUGGCAAAAUGUAUACUUUAUCACCUUAUGUUUAACUGAAAUGUUUAGGCUGAAAUUCAUUUUUGAUCAAAACUUGAAACAUUAAUGUAAGCAGACAUUUGUUUAAUACAGUUUUUUACAGUAGGUUUAGUAUAAGUUUUUUGUAUUUUUAAUCCUGUUGGGCUCUCUAAAUAUAUUAAAGCUCAUAACACUAUAUCACAGUUUAAUAAUUACGAGAAUGAGGACUAUGGAUGAGUCUUUAGAUCUACUGGUUUUCAAUCUCUGACUUAAAGUUGGGGGGUUUCUUGAAACUUCCAUGUUUGUGGCUUUGAUGUGCCAGGUUGGUUUACAGUUGCUAAUAUAUAAACAAGAGGCAGAACCAAUGAUGCCUGCUGAAAAGCAUAGAUACUAGAUACACUGUAUAUUAAUCUGGGUCUGUUUUGAAGAUGUUAAUGUUAUACUAGGCUUUAUCUGUGGCAUGGUACGGGAUCAUUGAAUAUAUUUUAUUUAGUUAAUACACAUGCAUGCACAUGUUUUAGCAGCUCAUUUUAAGGAACUGUGUAUAUUUCUGACAACUUUGAGAUAACAAGUACAAUUGUGCAAAUUUGUCAAGUCAUGCGAGUAGGGCUGAGCCGAAUAUCCAAUCAAUUAUUGUAUUUGAAUAUUAUUUUCCAAAUUUGAAUAUGUAAAUGCAAAAUUCAUGAAAAUGAA